AAUGGUGCAGGACGAAGUGGAGCAUUUCUGGCGCUGGACGCCAAUUUGGAGCUUAUGAAGAAGACGGGUCAGCUCGACGUAUACGAGUAUGCGAAGACACUCGUCAAUUCCCGACCUCAUCUCAUCGAUUCGGUGGAUCAGUACCAGUUUAUCUACGAGGCGCUCGCUGAGUUGCGUAGAGCUAUAUAG